AUGAACCCCACCGGAUUCGACAUCAAGGAAUUCAAGGCCGCGGCCUCGCCUAACUCGGUCUACGCCAAGCGAGACCCCUGGGCUCGAUAUGAGACCUGGCGCUACACCGGUCCCUUCAGCCGAUUCAACCGCUUCAAGCGAAUCUUCCCGGGUCUGGGCAUCGCGACCGUUGCGUUCGCCGGCUACUGCACGUACGAGCACUUCUUUCUGAAGCACGACGACCACCACGGCGAGGGCCACCACUAA